CUUUCAUACCGUAGCCUUCCGCCGAGAGACGUAGUACGCGCAGCGCUCCUAUAUUUUUUGGAUUUAUUGUUACAUAAUACAGAAGGGAACAUUAGUAUUAGAUGUUUCUGUCGUUGUCGACCAACCGGAGGCGCACCGCAGCCGCUUCUUUCAUUGUAAAGACGGAUAUUUUAUUAUAGGCGUUUGAAAUCGGACACCGCUGGCGUUGAGGCCCUCGCGUUUGUGCGGAGGGAUACGUUGUUGCGUCUGACAAUGUGGACGGAGGUGGUGAAGAUGUCUACGAGAAGAAUGAAAUCAUCUCAGUUGUAACAACAAAAAAGCAGACGCGACAUUAGUGGUUAUAAUAGAUUUGUUUGUACACAGACUUGUUACAUCGAAGCAAACACGUGGGCGCUGCGUGAAAAGCGGGCUUUACCGGGACAAAGGGAAGACGUCCACUGUGCUCCAAUGCGUUUCAGGCGCUGAGGUCGAAAUUCUCUUGAACUUUUAUGUUUUUUUCCCCUCGCCAGACUCUGUUCUUUUUCACUGCUGGAUACAGACACACGAAGAGCUGAGGGAUUAUUGUAGACUCAAGGGUAUGAACGAACAGCAGCAAAGGAUGGCUGCAGUUGAAACUGACAAGGAACUCAGCGACCUUCUGGAUUUCAGUGCGAUGUUUGCACCUCCAGUGGCCAACGGGAAGAGCAGAACCAUAACACUUGGUAGCACCCAGUUUAGUGGAACAGCACUAGAUGAGCGAAGUGGCUCUGGAGGUUGGGGGUCAGCAGAACAGAGCAGUCCUCCUUUCAACCAGGGACGGGGCUACGCAGAGGGUUCCCACUACAGUGAGCACGAAGGCUUGUCUUCUCCGUUCAUCAGUUCAGGAAUCACAGGUAAAAAUGAAAGGCCAGGCUACCCUCCCUUUGGAAAUCAGCCCGGUUUUAUUCCCAGUGACAUAGCGAUGCCUAGCCCAGAUGCCAUGUCUCCGUCUGGCCUAAAGCCCGGCUCACAGUUUUACCCAUCAUAUCCCACUAACCCCAGGAGAAGGCCGCCUGAAGGUGGCAUAGACUCCCAGCCAAAGAAGAUUCGCAAACCUCCAGGGCUGCCGUCCUCGGUGUACGCCUCAACUUCUGGGGAUGAGUACACCAGAGACAACGGAGGAUAUCCCGGUUCUAAACCUGGAGCCGUGUACUCUGGCCCUUUCUACAUGCAAGAAGACCCCUGGUCAUCUUCUGGCUACUCUGCCAUGCUGGGUAAUUCCCCUCACAUAGGUCAGCCAGGUUCCUUCUCUGCGAUUAAUCCACAGGACAGAAUGAACUACCCUUUGCACGGCAGCGAAGUCAAUGGCUUUCACCCAGCCCCCACCACUUACAACCACCCGCCCGCCAUCAACGGAGAAGGCAUUAUACCCAACCGAGGCACCACAGCUGGCAGUUCGGGAGAUGAAAUUGGGAAGGCUCUUGCCUCAAUUUACCCAUCAGACCACAACAGUAAUAACUUCUCUUCAGCUCCGUCCACUCCUGGGUCUCCUCAGGCCAUUGCAGGAGCUCAGUCUCAAUGGCAGAGACCAACCACACCCAACUAUGAAGGGCAACCGCACACACUGCAGCAAAAUAAAAUGGAAGAUCGGUUGGAGGAGGCCAUACACGUACUGCGGAGCCACGCCGUCGGCCCCGGCUUAGAGGGCGCUCAUUCUGACAUGCACAACUUGCUGGCUGCGGUGCACAACGGAGGUCUGGGGGCCCUGUCUCCUGCUUUUCCUAAUGCGAGCCUUGCCCUCAGCAACAGACAUUCAGCUAUGCAGGGAGGAAAGCACGAGGAGCCCACCGGUCUCCCUCCCAGCAGCACCCUACUGCACGGUCACCACGCGUCCGGACCUACACCGUCGGCUGGCCAACCGGAGGGCUUCUCCAGUCUUCCUGGUGGUAUGGCUCGUUCUACACACUCCUCCGGCAGCAGCUCAGACAUCAAGAGAGAAAGCAAAGACGACGAUGACGAGAACUCUCUCGCAGACAAUUCUGAUGACGAAGGACAGGACAGCAAGAUGGCACGCAUUCGGUCAAGAAAGGAGGCGUUGACCCUCCAGAUGCUAUCUAGCCUUUCAGAGACUCAAGAUGAUCUGGACAAUGAAAAUGACGAGGAUCUUCCUCCCGAGGUGAAGAUGGAGCGCGAGAAGGAGCGGCGAGUGGCCAACAACGCUCGCGAGCGACUCAGAGUACGGGACAUCAACGAGGCGUUCAAAGAACUCGGCAGAAUGUGCCAACUGCACCUCAGCCACGACAAACCUCAGACCAAACUUCUCAUUCUGCACCAAGCGGUCAACGUCAUACUCAAUCUAGAACAACAAGUCAGAGAGCGUAACCUAAACCCCAAGGCAGCGUGUUUAAAACGACGCGAAGAAGAGAAGGUUUCGGGAGUAGCGGGCGACGCACCGAUGCAGCUCUCAGGAGGCCAUCCCAGUAUGGGUGGAGAUGGACACAAUCCAGUUGGCCACAUGUAACACCAGGUCUAUUGGUGUUUCCUUGGCUGUCAGAGGAUGUGGCCUUAAGAAAUUACUUCCGCCCAUGAUUCUCAGUGUGUGUGUGUAUAUGUGGACAUGUCUGUGUAUUAACCGUUGAAGUUUGAAGAUGCACAUUCACACACCGGUACACACGCGCAUACUGCCAAAACUGACACAGCCCGUUUGCCGCACUCCCAACAACCAUGACUACAAGCUCAAAUGUGAAGAACUUUUUUUUUUAGUUUUUCUUGUUGUUUUAUACAUUUAAAAAUUUUUGUUGUCUACUUUUGGUUUCCACCGGACGACGGAACGCCAGAGUACUUUACGUCCCGCCACGAAUUGGGACUUCACACACUGCCGAGAGGUGCUCUGGUUAAAGAAAGGAGACCUAAUCAAACAGAACCUAAAUCGAGGAUUUGUGCCUAAUUAUUACAUGUUUUCUAUUUGACAUUUAAGCAAAUUGCUUUACGCGAGGAACAUUUAUCGUAAGGGAUUGCUUAUGUGUAUGAGCAAUUAUUUUUAAUGUAUGUCAUUCCCAGCGUGAUGGUACAGUCUUACAUAUGUUAUGUAACCAAGCAUUGUAGUUGAAUUAACGUUGAAUUGUCUAAAUUCAACAAACUCUCCGCGAUCUCGUCAGCAACCGAUCGCGGAGGUCACGGCGAGAGGUCAGAGUUUUUACGGCUUAGACACAGCUUUCACUAAGGACGGGAAGUCUCCGACAGGAGCCCGGUCCCACCCCACGAGGCAUCUGGACACUUGGAGCGCAAGACUUUUUCCUUCGAGGUUACACGUAAUCCAAACGAUAGAAUCUGUCAACGGCUAAACUCUUCUUCCUUUGUGUUGACCAAGAUGUCACAGUUUAGUUCAGCCCCCACCCUUCCCACCCCCACCCCCCUUCGCAAGUUUGGGUUUUUGUAUCGCUUGACGUACGAAAGCGUUUACGGACGAGACGGAGCUCGGUUGUACAGGCUUAAGCGCGAAGUCGAGCGUCGAGCCGUAGCGCGUUUAGUUUUCGGAAAAGCGACUCGCGCCGCCUGGCGCCGUCCUUUUUUCGGAAAGGUUUAGCGACGAUGCCGGCAAACUUCACAGUUCCAGGUUUUCCCCUAAAUUGAACUUCUGUUUAGAGAAACAGCUGUGUGUUUAUGUUGAUGGAGGAUACUCAUCAGUGUGCAUUUAUUGAAGCAGACAAGCCUUUGUGUAACAAAGUUUUCCUUUUCCUAAACGAGCAUUCCCGAUGAAUUACAGCCCUCCACUUUGCUCCCGAGUAAGUUUGUUCUUUCUUUUCCUACUGAGAGAAGUGUGAUGUGGAAAUUUUACUUCAUACAUUACUCUGAUAUGUUUCAUUUUUCAAAAAUAAAUAUAUAUGAAAUAUCUAUUUUUUUGUUAGUCUAUACAUUGUAGAUUUUUUACAUAAAUGGCAAUAUUAGUUUGAAGUUUAGAGUGUAUUGUAGAUGACCCCGAUGAGGGGAUAUUUGACAUUUAAAUCAAUUUGCUCAAAAAGAAAAUGAAUUCUUAAUCGAACCGGAAAGACAAAGGAAAAGAGUUAACAGGUGACGAAAGACACACGUAGAAAGCGUUUCUGUACUUUAUUCCAGUUUAUAUCAUAAGGCGUAACGUAAUCUACCCGGAUGAACUAUUUCUUUCCAUUUGGGGCUGUGUGGACAUUUUGCUGCAAUCACAAACUGAGGACAAAUGUGGGAAAGGAAUUUUGUCUCUUAACAGUUAUUAUGCAACUGGUUUUUGAAUGUAGCUACCAUACAAAUGUGGAUCGCCUUCAUUUAAAAAAAAAAAAAGUGUUUCUUGGUUCUUUAAAUACAGUAUCAUUUUUUUGUUUGACUUUUUCUACUGUCUGCCCUAAACCAGGCAGUUCUGCGUGCAGCCCUUUUUGUAUCCUGCACAUUUGUUUUGGAGGUCGUCGUCCGCAUUGGGCGUAAGAUGACGGACAAUGCGGAGAACAAAACAGUGUUAUUGUGAUAUUCAUGUCAUGUUGUGACUGGUUUUUACCAACAUGUAAUCACAUAAGGGAGGUAGAGCGUUUUGUGUUUUUAAUUUCUACAAAAUGAGAUGAAGAAAAGAAAAAAAA